UCAUUCUGUGAUUGACUGUUGACUUGAGUGGACUUAAGUUUGCAUCUCAGCUGGACUUUCUUAUCAAAAUAUUGUUUAAUAAAUUCCAAAAAGUGCUGAAAAUUGUGAAAAAUAAUUUCAAAUUUAUCGAAAGUUAAAAAUUAGUGGAAGUAAGGAACUGAGCAGCAUCAAAAAUGGCUAAAAUUGCUUUGUUGCUGUUUUGUGUUGUCGGAGUUUAUUUGGAAUUGUCAGCAUCGACAAGUAUUGAGUGUGACUAUGGAACUGAUGAUUGGAAUAUUGUUGAAAAUGCAUAUUACUGCUAUGUCAAUAAUAAUCUAAGCAUAACAACUCGAGAAUCAGCGACAAUAACUUCAAUUUCUGGACCUCAUCAAAGUGGAAAGACAAAUUCUGAUGUUGUUGGCUUUUAUGCCAAUACCAAAACUUUUAUUUAUUUCCCGCGUGGUUUAGAAACUUUCUUUAAGAAUAUUAAAAUUAUUCAAAUUCAUAAUUGUAAUUUAACGGAAGUCCAUCAAGAAGAUUUGAAGCCAUUUUCUAAAUUAAUUGAGAUUUAUUUGGAAUAUAAUGAACUAGAAGUUCUCGAAGAGGGUCUUUUCGAUUUUAAUCUUGAUUUAGAAUUUAUUCAUUUUGGUGACAACAAAAUUGUUCACAUUGAACCAAAUGUCUUUGAUCAUUUAAGUAAAUUAAGCUAUCUUUACUUACUUUCUAAUUCCUGCAUUGACAAAAAAGUUAGAAAUUCAACUUCAGAAGUCAAAAAUUUCAUCCAAGCUGUAAAAUCCCAAUGCAAUAAUUCUGAAUUUUCCUUACUCAAAAGCCAACUUGAAAGCCUCGAAACUGACUCAAAAACUUUUAAUUCCUUAGAAUUCUCUGAAAAAUUUGCAGCUUUUGAAAAAACUUUCAACUCCUCAAAGUUUGCCAAUUUUCGUCCAUUAAACUACAAAAAACACGACUUACGUAGAAAGUCACUAGCUUCCGCGUUUGACUUAUGUUAGAUUACAGUUCUUAUAUAUAUAUCACAAAAUGAAAACUAGUGUUUCGGGUAGAAACCCAAUGCGGAUAUAUUCACACCGUACCAUCAGAAGUCUUGUGCAAAGACCAAGCUAAGCUCAACAUUAAUUUGAAAGUAUAAAUCUUGACGAACCAGCUGAGCUCCGCUCAGCUUAUGUUUGGAGGUAUAAAGUUUGACGAGUCACAGCAUAAGCGACUUUGGACUCUUACCAUAGAAAGUCUUCAUCGAUCAGCUGAGCUAUCGCACAGCUUAAGUUUGUAAACUAGAACGCUUACCAUAUGUUUUUUUUUUUUUUUUUAAUUUAAUUUAAUUUAUUAAUCUCUUUUGCAUUGCUCCUAAGGAAAAAGCCUUCUGAAUCAGUACUUAAACUGAUUAAAAAGGCAUAAAAAACCUUAGGAUCCUUUAACAUAUACAAACUGGUGGUGUUUAGAAGAGUUUCAGUGUAUAAAUACCUUAAAGAAAUCUCUUCUUAAUUAAUUAUGUUAAAAUUACUACAAACAUUAUAGCGGCUCUCAUGAAUUUAAAUUUAAACAGUAAAAAUAAGUCUACAAAAAUAACGGCAAAAAAAAAACUUUUCAAACACAAAUUGUGUCAUCUCAGUAUGAUUACAAAUAUUUACUUUAAAAGUGAGUGAAUUAAAUUAGAUCAAAUUCAAUAAAAAUAAAAAUGAGUGAAAUAAAAAGACUAAGCGAAUCAUUGAGCUUCCUUCUACUGUUACUAUUCAUCUCCUUGACUGUCAUUUCUGCUGCCGUCUGAUAAGUAUCCUUAUUAAUUGUAGUUCCAUAUCUUUUGCAUAUUAAGUCUCAUUAGAUAAUUUUUUUAUCUCUUUUUAGGUAUAUUUAGCAAGGAAACUACCACUGAAACAUGUCUCAAUUAUGCUCUUUUGCUGACAAUGUGUUUUUACUGAACGCAUGAACUCAUAGAUGUGCUUACUAUUCUGGAUUUCUUGAGGAAGGUCAUUAAAGAUCCUAGGACUAAUUGCUGUUAUUCUUUUUUUUCCAUAUGACGUUCUGGAUGUUGUUGGCUUGAAGUAUUCUUUUGUCCUGCCUGUUCUGGAUCUCACUCUGUCAAGUUGUGUUUGAAGGCAUAAGGCUUGACAGGUAAACUAAGCUUCGCUCAGCAUAAAAUUGAAGGUAUAAAGAAGGGAGGGGGUAUAAAAAUUUUGAGGGGGGCCAAAUGAGAAUUAUAAUCGAUCAUGUAAUAAUUUUUUUAAUAAUUUUUCAAAACAGUAAAUAAAUUUUAAAUAAAAU